AGGACGCGUCACCGGGCCUCGGCACUACCCCUCCCUCUCUCAGACCUUGCGCAACACGCGCGGGCGGGAGCUGCUGCGCAUCGUGGACACCGCGGUGCCCAAUCUGACGCACAUCAAGGAGUUCAGCGUCGUGCUCCGGGCGCUGGCCCUGGACGGCCAGUGGAGGCGAUGCCUGCGGCUCAUGAAGGAGAUGGCCGAUGCCGGGCUCGAGGUCAACAUCCUGACGCACAAUCAGGUGCUCGCCGCCAUGGCGAAGGACAAGCAAGUUGACAAGGCCCUGGCCAUGCUGCACGAGAUGAGGACCGGACAGGGGGAGGGCACAGCAUCCAUGCUUCCUCUGGUUCACCGG